CACGCCGACGACCGUAUAUAGCAAAGCGCUAGAAUCGAAACUACUCCCGAGUCCAACACAGCAACAUCGACUCCUGGUUUUGGUGAAUUUUACGGAGGUUUUGGUGAUUUUUAGCUCACGCCUGGUUUUUUGCAUAGGAUCCAAGUAGUCUCCCUUUUCCAUUUACUCAUUGCCGGUACCCUUUGCUUUCUGUCUUUUGUUCCUCUUUUCUCUUACUGAAAUGUGUAUGUGACUUCGUUAGAAAAGGAUCGGUCCUUUGCAGGACCAAAGAGAAUUGAUGCUGUGAAGGAUAACAUCUUUUGCCGUCUCUAAUUCUUCUUUGGUGACUGUGCAUUCGUGGUUGUCGGGAAUUUUAUCUGAUAGGCGAUUCGUCAGAUUAUAUUCUCUGCAUAUUCUUAUUCUUUCUGGGGGAAAUAUAAUAUUUGGCAUUAUGGGCUGGCUGGCCAAGGUUCUUAAAGGUUCUGGCCAUAAGGGGCAACAUCAUGGGAAAAAUCAAGAUAGAAUUUGCGAUGAAGCUCCUCAUUCAGAGGAUGAAUUGAAGGAGCAACUAGAUAUUGAUCAUGCUAUUGCACUUUCCCUUUCAGAACAGGACCAGAAAGGGAAAAAAUCAAUUGGUUUGAUGGGUCCGCAGAUGUCAGCAUGUACCAACUGCAGUUUUUGUGAUGCUCUCCAUAAACUCCUCUUUGGAAUUGCAUCCCUAUGUUGCUUUCCCACCAUGCAAGCAGUGCAUAUUUUGGAUGAUGCCUUCAAUUGUGACAAGGAACCCCAAUCGGAGGAAUAUAAGCAGCUUGCUAGAGCUCAAACCAAGGAAGAUGAACAGCUUGCCAAAGCUCUUCAAGAAAGCAUGUACAUGGAAUCUCCUCCUCGAUGGGAAACGGAAAAUAUAUUUCAGCCUUAUCCAUUCAACUUUCCAUCUGAAUACCGGAUCUGUGCUCUCUGCAACACUGAGAUUGGCCGUGGAGAAUUUUUGACCCGCAUGGGCGCUGACUGGCAUCCAGAAUGUUUUCGUUGUCAUGCUUGCAACCUUCCUAUUACUGAUGGCGAGUUCUCUAUAUCUGACUAUCGCUCUUAUCACAAAUUGUGCUAUAAAGAGCAGCGUCACCCAAGAUGUGAAGUUUGCAAGAAUUUUAUCCCAGCAAAUUCAGAAGGUCUUAUUCCGUAUAGGGAGCAUCGUUUCUGGAAGAACAAGUACUGCCCCUCACAUGAACACGAUGGUACUCCUCGGUGUUGCAGCUGUGAAAGAAUGGAGCCGAGGGACACAAGACAUCUGUUGCUUGAUGAUGGUCGGAAGCUGUGUCUUGAGUGUCUAGACUCAGCCAUUAUGGAUACUCAGGAAUGUCAACCACUUUAUCUUGAAAUACAAGAAUUUUACGAAGGUUUAAAUAUGAAAGUGGAGCAGCAAGUUCCAAUGCUCUUGGUUGAGAGACAAGCACUAAAUGAGGCAAUGGAGGGAGAAAAGAAUGGUACUCAUCACUUGUCUGAGAUCAGAGGACUUUGCUUGUCAGAAGUACAGACUGUCCCUACUAUCUCAAGGAGGCCAAGGAUUGGGGCAAACCACCAAUUCAUAGACAUGAAAACUGAGCCUCGUAGGCUGAUCCGAAGAUGUGAAGUGACGGCAAUUCUUGUUUUAUAUGGCCUUCCUAGGUUAUUGACUGGGGUAAUCCUGGCACACGAGAUGAUGCAUGCAUGGCUGAGGCUUAAAGGUUACCGCAAUCUGAGUCCAGAGGUUGAGGAAGGUAUCUGUCAAGUCUUAGCUUAUAUGUGGUUGGAGUCUGAGCUGUAUACAGCAUCUGGAAGUGAUGUUCUAUCAUCAACAUCAUCCUCGUCUUUAUCACUCUCUUCCUCCUCAUCCUCUGGUACGUCAAAAAGGGGUAAACGAUCUGAAUUUGAGAAGAUAUGUGGUGCUUUUUUAAAACACCAUAUUGAGUCAGAUGCAUCCCCAGCUUAUGGAGAUGGAUUCAGGACAGGUUGGCAGGCGGUCGACAAAUACGGCCUGAAGGACACUCUUAACCACAUUCGACUGACAAAAAGCUUUCCUGAAGUUGUAGGGUAAUGUUACUGUAGUUUUUUCCCCACGGGGAUCAAUGCAUUGCCCUCCCUGCCAUAUUCAGUUCACUUGGACCGAAAAACAUGAAUUCAGGAGAAAAGAAAAGAAAAUAUAGAAAUUAGAAAGGCUCAUUACUUUUUAUCUUAGAUUUUGUCAUUCCCAAUCACACUAUCACUUAAAAUACUUCACAUCAGUAAUGUGACUGGAAAUGACAAAAUUUAGAAUAGAGAUAAUGACUUCUCUUAUUGUAAUCUCCUCCCGGCCACGUAAUGGUGCUAUGUUAUUAUACUUCUAUGCAUAGAAACAAGGAACAUAAAGUAUGCAUGUACUUUUUCUCAUGCUUGUAACUUUGCUGGGCUCUCCAGUCAAAACUCAUUCUAAGAUUACACAUCCAUCUCACUACAUAAUUAGUUUUGUGUUCUAAA